CCACUCGCCGGUCAGGUGUUUCAAGUCAUGUGAUUCUGGAGGAUCCAAACAUAAACAAAUGGGUUUGACUCUAGGUCUGGGCAUAAAAAAGAAACCGUAGAGCAGGAGCACACUGUACGCAACAGUAUUAAUAUAAAUGCGAAGGUGUCUUCUUCUUUUACGACACGUAUUAGAUAAGGAAUUUUUCGACACAUCACCUGACAGUGUGUUGUUAUUGUGAAUCUGCGUUUUAUGACUGAUUUUACUGCAAGAUAAAUUUAGAAGAUUGCAAAAUGCAGAGCAAGGAAACCCAAAUGUUUGGGGUUUUGCGAUCCUUGGCAGAAAAGAUCAACGACAAGGAUGAGCUGGUCAGGGCCAACGUCGCUCUCUGCCUUCGAAACAUUGCUAAAAACAAACCUGACGAGGUUCUGCAAACGCUCUGCACGUUCAGAAAAAGCCAACCGAAGAUGCCAACAAAUGAAGUAGCACAGCUGUUGUCUCUGGCCGAAUCAAUAUGCCGGGCCCUGAACGUAGACCAGGUGGAUCCUGACACGACCGUCAUUGCCCUGGUGGACUUGGCUGUGCAAGAAAUGACACAUUCCAAUGAGCUCAUUCCUGACUGGCAGCUGCCUGCCUCUCAAUUGCUAGUUGCCAUCGGCAGAAACUUUUGCAAUCGAGUGAUGGAGGGUUUGACAGCAAAGGUGCAGCCUGGAGUUGCUCCCAACUACUUUGUCACCCACACUCUUGGAUCUCUAGCAGCCGCCAACCCGCUGGCGAUGGUGCCAUACAUGAAAACUUGCCUUACAACCCAACUGCCCCAAAUGGGUGGCCUCCGAAGUGACCAACUCAAACAGGCUUUCGCCUACAGCCUAGCAAGAUUUGCCGACGCCAUCACAGAUUAUUUGGCCAACAUCGAGAGGGUGGACGAUCAGAGCAUUACCAAGGAAACCUUCAGCACUGAAAUGGACCUGGCGUUCACGACAAUCGCCAACGUCUGGCUCCCAGAGUCAAGAGACCCUCAGUUGCGGGAGCAAGUGCUGCAUGCGAUCAGUUCCACGUUAUCGCUUCUGCCUCCUGGUCGAGUGGAGACUUCAUCCCCUGGUCUGCUUACAACCAUUUUAAGCCUGAGAAAAAAGAGACACCCUUUACCAGUGGAGGCGACAAGGUGUCUAGAGGCAAUCAUCUCGCAUCCUGAAGUAAAAGCUUGGCCGCCUCUGGAUCAAAUCGUGGCAGCCCUGACUGAACUGGUGAUGGAGGCACCAGACCUGGAGCAGCCCUUGACCAUCAAGAGCCAUUACGAAGCCCUCAGAUGCUUCCACACAAUUGAUAAACAUUUUCCAGACAAACUUUCCACUUUCUUAACGCAACAUAUGAAGAGUGGCAGUGACAAGGACAAAGCCAUUUCUUUGGUCAUCCUGUCUCACUUGGCUAGCGCAGGACAUGUCUCACAUUUAAACACACUUAUAACCGUCGUCAGCUCUCUUCUGGAUGAUCCUAGUCUGAAAGUAAAGCGAGCUGUCAUAAAAGUCAUUGUAGUAUUGGCCCACAAAGAGGUGAUAUCAGGCAACGAGGGAGCCAAAGCCCUGAGAUUCAUUGUCAACAACUGUCAGCAAACGGGCUCCACGGAUGAGUGCUUGGAGUUCCGCCAAACCUGUCGAGACUCACUUGUGCUGAUCUGCACGACAGCUCCACAGGUGGCUCCAGUCCUGAUGCCGCUGCUGCUCAAGUGCUUUUUGCAGCCUGAUUACCUGCCUCUCGCUGGCUUCCUGGCCAGGUGUCUGGCUCUGCUCCACGCCAAAGAGCCUCUGGAAAAAUCAAAGUGGCCCGAGGUGCUCGCAAAAUGCGUUGUGCUGAUCGGCGCUCCUUUUCCUGAAGUUGGAGUUCACACACUUAACUUCAUGAAAGCGCUUUCGUCAGGCACAGAUGGUGAGCUAUCUGCCCUGCUCGACUGCGGUUCUUCAAAGCUCAUUGAGGAGUUACAAGAUUCUCAAUGGAGCGAGAGUAAGUGGGAGGAGUCGCUUUUGAAGUUCAUGAAGUCUUUGGUCAAGGCGGUAUCAGACCUAGUGUGGCUGUCUGAGUUUGCUGAAGCUCUGACCAAACUUGGUCAACAACACAGCAAUCUGUUUCCGGAGAAUCGAAAUUCUCAGCUCUCUUGUCUUGUCAGCAUUUCAGUUUACAAAAAAGAUGCCAUGGUAGCAAACACCUUGAUUCAUGAAGCUCUCACUGCUGCCAAACUUCCAGACUGUCAGAAAAUUUGCGCGUCAGCUCUGGGCAGGUGUGCUGGAAUGGAGGGCGAGGGCCACCUGCAACUCACCUUAUCCCAGCUGAAGUUGGCAACAAAAGAGUUGCCGAUCCAGAAUAAUAGUAUGACCUCUAAGUACAUGCCUUCCUUCUUCUCCAGUAUCACGGGUGGAGAUAAAGCAAAGCGAAAUGACCAGAACCUAAGAUUUGAUAGGCUUAGAGCGACUUUGCUCUUAAGCUAUGGUGAAAUCGCAACCAGAAUCCCUGGAGCAGUGGCACUGCUAGAAAGCACUAACAUUUUGGAGUGGAUGUUGGAACAAAUUUCACAAUCAAAGGACCAAUUUGUCGUGGAAAGUGGCCUGGUGGCGUUGAACAAAAUUUCUGUGAGCUGUUCAGGUCUAGCGUGCAAGGAUGAAGCUUUAGACGUUGUUAUGGCUCAACUUAAAGUGGGUGGAGUCAUGUCCAUACAGUGCAUAGCGUCGCUUGUGGGCCUUCCUCCACCUGUGAAUCCCGACACACGUUUGGCAUACCUUAAGGAAAUCUUUACCUAUGUGAUUGAGGAGAACUCUGAAGAUGCUAUCCUGUGUACAGCUCUCUUAGAUGUACCUAAAAAAAUUUUGCUCAGCGCCGGUGUCAAUCCUGCCUCUCUAGAUGAAAUAAUCACCCUGCUGGAGCCAUACCUUAAAAACCCAAUUCCCUCUAAAAGAACCAUCGCGACUAAAGUCCUGGAAUCAGUAUUACACUCAUACGCAAAUAAUCUGUCCCCUGGACACGAGUGUCCAAGCAAACUGUGCUUCUCAACUUCCCUUUUGGCGCUGUGCAUUCCCAGGUGCACGGACAUCAGUGGUGCGUGCAGACGAAGUGGAGUUGAGUGCAUUCGCUUGGCUAUGGAAAUCAACACCUUCUACGUUGGAGAAAGCCAACGGGAUGUUUGCAAGAAGCUUAAGACUGAAAUCAGUGAUGAAUUUAUGGCGAAAAUUGCCAAAGAGAGUGACCCAGACACGCUGUACUAUUGCUCAACAUUGAUUUCUGAGGUGAUUUUGAGGCACUUGGGAAGUGGCCAGGUGGUUUCUUUGAUAGAUGCAGUCAUGCAGUCUCUCACUGAUCCUGAGGCUGGAGGCUCUGCUGGAGCUUCUGUGGUGCUGACAGCGCUAUUGAAAGAAAAAGGUCACGAGCUAUACCACCAGGUUCCAAAUAUCAUCAAUGCUUACUUAAGGAUUUCACCUCAGCUAGGCUUUGAAAGUGUGAAAACUGGUGCAGUUGUCAGUAUUGGAAGUCUAACUCAGCAUCACCCGAAAGCUGUGAUUAACGCCCUCCUAAACCAACCACUGCCUUUCUCCGAAGCAUCGCUGAGUUUGUGGCGCUGGAUAUCAAAAGAAGAAGCUUUAGCAAACGAAGUGUGUUCCAACUUGCUUUGCCUUCUCGCGUCAAAUCCACUUCUGGAAGAACCAAGAGACGAGCGCGCCCCCAGGGUUGCGCGAGCGAUUCCAUUGGCCGCUGUUAAUGGACUCUGCGUGAUGCUGAAAUCUGAGAGCAAUAUCAUCCACGAUCUGUCAAGAUCGGCGUUUCCUGAGCUCUUGAGCGCCCUUCUAAUUUCGUUGGCGGCAUUUAUUGGUGCAUGCACGCCUGUGAACAUGGCGCUGAAGGGGAGCAAACCCAGGAGCAGCUUGUCUUUUGUGCCCAACAGAGAAGCAUACGGACUGGUACCAGGAAGAGUUGCACUUGAGGCUUGCCUAGCUCUGCUAAAUGCAAGUGGUUGUGCUCAUUUAGAAGAUGUUAUUAGCUCCUGUCGAGUCGACGUUGGCGAAAAUUUAUCUUCGUUUAUGGUUGCCACUCAGAGUCUCAUUCGUGGAGUCAUUGAGGUAAAAGGGAACAUUGUGCCUCAACUGGUAUCAGUUAUUAAUCAAAACGCCACCAGUCCUGAAGAAUCGACAAGGAUAACAGUGCUCGCAGUUUUGGCAGAACUGGUCCAAUGGCCAGGGUGCAAUGCGGUUUUGCUAGAAGGCCUCGUUCAGCAGCUGACUGCUUCGCUUGAUGACGAAAACCCGUCUGUUCGCCAGUUAUGCUUGCAGGGCUUGUCACACAUUGCCAACGUCGCUCCUCAUUUGAGGGAGAGAUACGUAUUCUCUGUGUUUGUGGCGCUUCUACAGGGUCUGGAGGAAACGCCUGGCGAGGGCAAGGCAGCUGGCAUGGCCACUGAGGCCCUCUCAGGCCUUGCGGCGGUGUUGCCCCACGUAACUAAGCAGCAGGUGGGCGAAAUGCAAUCGUCCCUGGUGCUCCGGGUCACUCCUUUCCUCACCAAAGAGACAAAGUCUGUCAGGGUUGCCGCUUUCAAAGUAUUUGUGCAGUUGAUCAUUUGCGCUGAGGGGUGUGGCGGUGACGCUUUCUUGGAGCAAAUGCCUAGCGUGCUGAUCAAUUUGCUUAUUGGACUCAGCGACACAGAUGCGAGGAUUGUGCAGGAUUGCCACCUUGGAAUAGUUGGACUGCAGAAAGUGCUUACAGACGAGAAAUUCGUGACAGCCGUGAAUAAAUUGAAAACUGGAAUGCCAUACGAAAAGGUUUUCAUGUCUCUAGUACCCAGCUUGGCAGAAGCCUAUCCGGACAUUCUUCAAAAUCUGCUGACAAACGCAUGCGGCUUCACCAAAAGCGUCCGUCAGCAAACAAGGGCGUGUGCUACGUCACUGAUUGGAAGAUUGUGCAGUUUCGGGGACAGCACUUCUUUUGAAAUGGUCUCCACUAAAUUGACGAAACUGCUUGAUGACCCUUGUCCGAUAGUAAGGGCAACCGCGGCUCAAUCAUUGUCAAAUCUCUACACAUUCUAGUCGCAAAUGCUGCACUAGUUAAGUUUAUGUAAUAUUAAUAUUCUCAAAAUAUAUGUAUAAUCUGUUA